AUGGUUGCGUUUGCACGUACACAAUACGACGAUAUUGGCUACAGUCGACUGGUUGAAGAUUUACGCAAAGGAUCAACUGAUUACUAUUCAAUGGCUGAUAGAGUCGCCAUUCUGGGAGACGAAAUCGCCUUAUUG